AUGGACUGCAAAUCGCCUGAGUUAAAGCUCCUGAGGCAACAAGCGUGGAAUGUUUCGCGAACCUGGCUGGAACACGAAUUCAUACAUGUACGUCGAGGUUGGAACGCGAGCGCCGACAUGCUAGCAGGACAGGCUCUUCAACGUCGGAGAGGGAAAGUCACAUACAGUCUCGAUGAGGUGAAAGAUAUCAAGACGUUGAACCGAUUGCAGGAAGUCAUUCGUUCACUGACCACGGAUGCUGAUGGCGCCAAACUCGAAACUCGGGAGCACGAGCUGACCCAAACGCGGGAUAUAGCCAAACCCGGAAUGAAGCGUAUGGUCCCGGUUAUUACCCGAUACUGGGACGCAGAAAACCGAGCUACGACCACGCCAAAGCCGGACGUUCUGCAGGAACUCGUAGUCCAACGAAUCCGUUUAGACUGCAUCCGCAUGGCACAAGAAGAGGAACUCUGGAUAUUCAACCUGAAGCAAUUUUUUGUAGAAGGGAAUAUCGGUGAACUCUCGAAACACGAGGUGAGGGAUUGUGCUAUUUUCGCGGGCCAGUACGAGGUGGGAGAGUGCGGGCUGCUGUAUUAUCAUGUGCGGGGAAACGAGACGGCAGAAGAUCGGAAUGUAAUCAUGAAGCUCGUGGUUGCGGAGACACUUCGCGAUGACAUACUGUACCACUACCACGCCGAACCUACCAGCGAAUUCGGCAACAUUUCCAUUGGCCAGGCCUGUUCAGAAGCGUGCAAAAUCACGUGGGGGAGUGUACGGAUUGCGAGACCGGGAAAGGAAGGCCGCCGAUCCAAUGGGAAUCGCCCGGAAACAUCUUUGCGACGUACCCAUUCCAGGUCAGACAUCCCGUCGUUGCCCGCGUCGUACAAGAGAAACACGGAGCUGCUGGUACGGGUGGACCUCUUCACGGAUUUUGUCAUAGCGAAAACAAGCGCGUCGCGGACUGCGCAGACCGUCGCCGAGUCGUACGAAGAGGCCGAGUUUCGACGUUUGGGUGCUAGUGAGGUCAUCCGUCACGACCGCGAGCUGGGUUUCAUGUCGGACUUCUUCCGAGCUUUUAACAGGCUCAUGGGGCAGAGGCAACGUGCGACCCUGGCGUACCGGCCACAAGCAAAUGGAGCCGCCGAGCGUAUGGUUCAGACCAUCUCGCGCGCUAUCAAGAUGUAUAUCGCGGAUGUCGAACAACGCGCCUCGGAUAAGUACGCAGAUAGGCUCAUCUACGCCCUAAACACGGCCCACGACAGGACUCGGGACGAGACACCUUCAUCGGUGGACCCACAAUUCACGCUCGAAGCGACGUUGGCGGUGGGUAACACGUCGACACAUGAUAUAGAAGCCUGUUGCUGGAGACUGCAAAUCCAACGCCAUUACAAGAUCGCCCGAGCACAAGCACUGGAGCUCGUCCGCGAGGCCGUCGAAACCCGGGCCCGACGUCAAGACGAACGGGCGACGGAGGAGGCGUACUCCGAGGGAUCCCAAGUCUGGCUCUAUCUUGAUCGCCUCAAACCCGGCUAA